CUCGCGAUAUUAUCAUUGUAUAAGGAAGUAACUUGAACAAUUUUCGUCAGGUUUGUAAGUAUAUUACUUACUUUGCGCGCCGCGAUACCGAAACAAGAAUAAACGAACAUGUCACAUUUAAAGAUAUCAGUCAUUUCCAGUUCCACUGGCAGGAUUUAACUGUAAAGUCCGUCGUUGCUUCGAUUCAAUGUUGCCAUAGUUACGCAGUUAGCGCUUUCACGAGGGACGCGGGAAGGGCGUCAAACAUGGCGAGGAAGAAACAAACCAAGGACAAGGCAGAGAAGACUACCUCUGAAGUUGAAGAGGCGGCCCCGGUACAAACAGCAGCAACUACGAAUGAAACAUCUGCUACUCGAACGUUUGAUGGUUAUGAGUGUUCUGGCAAUGUGACGACCGAUUUUCCUGCACUCUGUGCUCUUUUGGAAAUGAAAACUAUUCCAACAUUAAAGACCAAAUCUGCCUCCUCCAACUCCGAAUUCAAAGAAGGUGGCAGACUGUCCCACAAAAAGGCUGCACGUGAUGUGUUAAAGCCAAGUCUGCAAGUGGAGCUUGAGAAUGGAGACCCUUACAGCACUAAGACCAUGAAGGUUUUUGGAUGGAAAGCAGAAGAGCCGAUCAUCAGAGUGUUGAGCAAGAUGAUUUCCUCCAUGCAAACACUGCACAGCCUUUUUUUCUGGCAGGCAGGAUUGACUGAUCCAAUGAUUGUCACACUGUCAGAUGCAUCAUGUUUAUGCAUGAGCCUCAGGAUUAUAACUUUAGAAGGCAACCCCCUGUUACAUCAAAGCCACCACCUUCUUUUGUCUGAAGGAAGUCUCCUCACUCACCUAAACCUGCGCAACAACCAAAUUAGAGAUGAGGGCGCAAAUCUUCUUGGGGCUGCACUCUCAACGAGCAGAUAUGCAAACUGGAGCCUCAUUUCACUCAACUUAUCAUUCAACCAUAUCGGGGAUGCAGGUGCUGCGUAUAUUGCAAAGGGCCUGCGUUUCAAUCGUUCUUUGCUGUUCCUCUCACUUUCCAACAAUCAGAUUGGUGACUCAGGAGCUACUGAACUUGCCAUGGUUCUUGGCGAGGUUGUGCUUACUCACGAAGAAAUUGUUGAAAGGCGGAAACUACUCAUGGAGAAAAUGCAUUGUUCCUCUGCUGCAGUCGAUGUUGUCCAAUCAUCUGUUGCCAAUCUGUCUACUGACCAGCUCCCUUCCGUAGCCAGCGCCACUUCACUUAACGCCAACAAAGGGGAGAGCAAAAUCGCUGCUAAAAAGCGGGAAUCUUCAAAACCCGAUGGGAAACGUGCUCCAGCCAAAGACCAAAGGUGUCCUAAAAAAGCAGAAGGUCAAGACAUUGAGGAAAAAACACAAGUGAAUGAACAAGAGCACAAAAGACCAGUGGAGAUGGCGAGCCUGCUAGUGACUGAGUCGCCAGAGCAGAGGAAUGGAGAUCUCAUUCUGCCGGGAAACACGAGCCUCGCCUCCCUCAACCUGGCAGGCAAUAGGAUAACAGAGCAGUCACUACCACAGUUCCUGUCAUCCCUGCAGAUGCAAGAUUCAGGUAAAGGUCUGCUGCGUCUCUGUCUUCAGAGAAACCACUUUUCUACUGAGUGUGAGUCCUAUGUAAAGCUACAGGAACUGAUGGCACUCAGAGACCCUCUGAAUAAAAAAAUUGAAGAGGAAGAAGAAGAGGAGGCUGAGGGCUCACACUGUUCAGAUAGUGAAACUAAAGGAGAGAAAUAGAAUAUAUAUUUUUACUUGUACUGUUUAUAUUUUCUCAAAAGAUUUGCAACUGAUGCACAUGUUUUUAUCCAAUAAAACCACCUUCUUUGUUGA